AUGCGCUGGAACAACCUGAAGACUCGUCAGGACCGUGCUCUGACUGACCGCUCACGCUUCGAGGAAUCGAGGAAGUAUCACAGCCAGAUCGCCUACCAUAGCCGACUUGAGCAUAAGGGAGUCCAUAUGAUCGGUUGUCCAACUUCCGUCGUUGGGGAGCUCAAGGUACCCAACUACAACGAGAUGAUCUUCCUGAGCCAGCUCGUCGAUAACAAAGGCAUAUGGAGGGUCGAAUAUUCUCCCGUGGUCCAAUCUACCACAUACGCCAGGCACGCGACAAAUCCCCCCGUUGUCUCCAUCAAGUCAAUAUCCGUACGCAUCUCACGCACUUCUGAACCAAAGGUCUCUCCCGAAUACCAUGAGACACAGAGGUACCUGAUGGCUCCAAGCAGAGAGUAUAGCCGUCAAGAAGGCGCGGCAGGCGGCUUUGGCUCUCUUUCAUAUCGUCAUACGGUCAUCAUGGUCGAACGUACCUUCAUGAUGGGGCCCCCCGACCGUCCUCGUCUCCCGGAAGUGAGAGCCGCCCUGGAGACCGCUGUGAAUGCUCGUGGUGCUGCGUACCACAGCAAGGCUGCCGUCUUCUUCUACUUCGAAAUUGACGACACCGGGGCGAAGGAUGAUGUGGUAACUCUGUCGAAUUGCUUUAAGGAUGUCUUUGCAAUGCAGCCAACUGUUAUGGAACUCGCGGCAUCCGACAGAAUGCCCGGGUUGAGUCUCAUGAGGACCAUUCAUUCCACUAUAGAAAAUAUGGAGCCCCACGGGAAAGCGCUACCGUGCCUGCUGGUGCUCGCAUACGUCGGGCAUGGCACGAUUGACGCCACUACCGGCAAACUAAAGCUGGUUGCUGGCGCAACCAGACAGAACAUCCAGUGGCCCCUGAUCCACAAUUCCUUCUUCGCCCCCACUUACGCCACCACAAAUGUCGAUACCCUCGGCAUCUUAGAUUGUUGCUACUACUCUGGGGCCACCCGCGAGAGGUCCGAAAGGGCCUCCCGGAAUCUGAAGGCGAACGGGGGACCAUUUGCUACCGUUGAAGACCUCGUCGUGGAGAUAAAUCGGGAGAAAACCAGCGGCAGGCCGGAUGCCGUGCUCACCUACGAUGGAGGAACCCGCCCCAUUGCAAUCCCGUUCAAGGGAACUUCCUCUGCGUCUGUGCAGCGAGCACUACGGAAUCUGAGCCUGCUGAGCCCGGAAACCACCACACAAAGUAUUCUGGUGGAACUCUCGAUCGCUGGGACUCCCGCGCAGAUCCUGGAGGAGUUCAAAGAUGUGAUCGCGUCUUUGCCUGGGCAGUUCCGCGUUGGGAUCGUGGACGUCUAUCAAUCGACGUCUGUGCUUUUCCUCCUGCGCAUGUCCCAACUGGCACAUUUACGGUUGUCAUCAACGCUUGACUUUCGCAUUAUUGGAAAAAUUUAUGGUCAAUCUUUGAUGAGGCCAGAUUAG